UUAAGUGAUCCGGUGUACUGACGCGCCACUUUGUGUAGACAAUUAUAACAUUUUUUUUCCUCUAUAUAAACAGUAAGUGAGACAUUGUCCACCAGCUCGGACUUUCUGGGGGAAAGCUUUAUUUGUGGCCGGGUUUAUAUUGUGCUGUUUCUGACGCUCCGGUGUACCAGCUGAGUCGGGUGAAAUUACACCUCCAGGACUUUUUUUUUUUUUCUUUGGUCAACUUACUCAAAAAGAAAAAAAAGUCACCAUGGCAGAGACGUCGGCAGCUCCAGCCAAAGCCAAAAAGGCAUCCAAGCCCAAGAAACCUGCUUCUCAUCCCAAGUACUCGGACAUGAUUAAAGCGGCAAUCGUCCACGACGCCAGCCGGAGUGGAGCGUCCCGACAGUCCAUCCAGAAGUACGUAAAGAAGAACUACAAGGUGGGCGACAACGUCGAUGUGCAGAUUAAAUUGGCCCUGAAGAGGCUGGUGGCAUCCGGGAUGCUGCGCCACACCAAAGGUAUCGGUGCGUCCGGUUCCUUCAGGCUGACCAAACCAGAGGACUCCAAAAAACCAACCAAGGCAGCGGCAACUGCCAAGCCAAAGAAGGCAGCGAAGCCCUCCAAACCCAAGAAGGCGGCCAAGCCCAAGAAGGUCCCCAAGACGCCGGAAAAACCCAAGAAGGCAGCUGCAAAGAAAGUGAAAAAGGUCGCGAAAAAGUCGACGCCAGCGAAAGCCAAAAAGGCACCAGUUAAGAAGCCCAAGGCAGCCAAGCCCAAGGCAAAACCAGCAAAGAAGGCAGCCAAGCCCAAGGCAAAACCAGCAAAGAAGGCAGCCAAAACAGCAAAAAAGAAGUAAAAGGACAAUAUCAGAGAGACAAAGUCACUGUAAAUACUUAAAGAAAUGUUUUCGUAUAUGUAUUAUUUUUGUAAGGUCUCAUGCAAACUUAUGCUGUUUUUACCAGUAGUUUUUUCUCUCCAUUGCACUAUUGCCUCUAGAUGCUGUAGAAAUAAUUGUGAGCAUUUUUAUUUGGCGUUAAUAAUACUGUUAAUUUCUACCCGAUCCUUGGAUACAAAUAGUCUAGGGUCUUGCUGAAAAAAAAAUGUAUAUACAGUUGAACUAUUGAAUAGUUAUUGUUAUGCACGGGGUCAUACUGAAAGUACAAAUGUGUCAAUGGUGGGCAUUGUUGAGUCUUUACAAUGUACAGACCAUAGGCAGUGGACGUCAGCAAGAUUUUCCUAAAGGCUCUAUAGUUGUCAUUCAAGCUUCAUUCUGUAUAAUUCCUCAUGUUCAGACGACUCAUAAUAUACAAACAUCUCACUGUGUUCAGUCACUUUUAAAGACUGUUUAUACUGCAAUUCAAUAAACCUUUGUCAUCUUCUACUAAA